AUGCCCCACGCCGUUUCCUCGGCCUCGCCUGGCCUUCAGGCCCUCAUUCUCUGCGGGCCGGGGUCGUCGUUGCCCACGUUUACGGCGAACCCUGAUGACCAUCCCAAGGCUCUUCUUCCCAUCGCCAAUAGGCCCAUGGUCUGGUAUCCCCUCGAGUUCUGCUACAGGGCAGGAAUUACAGACAUCACACUCAUUUGCCCUCCCUCGGCCGAGAAGGCGAUAGCUUCGACUCUGAGCCUGAAUCCAGCCUUGACCAGCCUUCCAUUACCACGGCCUGAUUUGCUGGCACCAAAGGACCUGGAUCACAACACUGGCACAGCAGAGAUCCUACGACUUCCUGAAGUCAGAUCAGCCGUCACUGGAGACUUUGUGGUCCUUCCGUGUGACCUAGUUUGCGAACUUGGUGGCGACCAACUUCUCCAGGCAUGGAUGGUGAACUGCGAGACUUUGAGGGAUCUGGUGGGGAACAGAUCCGGUCUGAUUUCCGAAGACCAGGGCCCGCAUAGUGGCGGCAUGGGAGUCUGGUACCAGACCAAAACAGAGACACCCGUCAAAGGAGAAGAAACUGAUUUCAUCGCCACCACCCCCUUGGCAGCAGCUCCAGCUGCAUCCUCCAAAGAUACUCUGACCUCGCAUAUGUCGAAUUUGGUCUACUCAAUGCCUACAGACUCGCUGAACGACUUGAUGGAGGAGAGAAAGGGCUAUCCGCUGCGGCAUGGACUCAUUCGAAGACAUCCUCGGAUACAAAUGCGGACCACGUUCCGAGACGCGCACAUUUACAUCUUCCCUCAGUGGGUUUUAGACUUCAUUCGCGAGAACGAUCGCCUCGACAGCAUUGGAGAAGAUGUGAUUGGCUGGUGGGCCAAGGCAGGUUGGCAAACGGGACUCGCCCAGAAACUUGGAUUCGACAAAUUAUUCGCCCAAGACACGAAAAAGGCAGACACGGACUCAUUGCACGAUGACAGUAUGUCUUCCGAGCACGCAGAUUCUGAUGGGAUCUCUGGUGAUAUGGUAGACGGAGCUACAAAGCCCCAUAAAUCAUCUGCUGCACAGGAUUCCUCCAGUUCUACCGACGAUGUCGUACCUCCUAUUCUUGCCUACAUACACCCUUCUAAAUCGACGGCAUCUAUCGUCCGGAGGGUGGAUACUGCUCAGCUGCUGCUAAACGUUUCGCUUCAACUCGCAAAACUUCCUUCCGUUGAAGAGGCCGAAGCUCGCGGCGAGACGCCAUCACCUUUCGCACACCCCAAGAAAGUCAUGUAUCCUGAGGGUGUCAAGGGCCGAACCACGAUCACGCGCCCAGACAGCCUUGUUGGUGAGAACGUGAUGGUCGACGAGAAAGUGGCCAUCAAGGAGUCAGUUGUCGGCGCCAAUUGUCAGAUCAAGGAGGGAGCCAAGCUGUCCCAGUGCUUGCUCAUGGACGGCGUCGUGAUCGGCAAGGGAUGUAAGCUGACUCGAUGCAUCUUGGGCAAGCGGAGCGAAAUUGGAGAUAACUGUACCCUGACGGACUGUGAGGUGCAAGAGAACCUGCUCAUUGAGCCCAGGACGGAGGAUAAGAACGCCAAGCUGAUGAGCAGUUCCGGCUUGGAGGCUACGGAGGAAGAGAUACAAGAGGUGUAUCAAGAGUUUGAGGCCGGCGAUGCCGCUUGA